GUAGUGCCUCCUGUCCUCUAGAUGGCAUCACUCGGUUUGUCAACAAAAAUAUACAUUUCGAAGAAGAAACACCGGAAACGCCGUUGUAACCGCACCAGUCAUGGCGUCCACAGCGGCGACCCGAGCUGCGACUGGAGCAGCUAAAGUUGUCAAGCCAAUUUUUAGCCGGGAUUUUAACGAAGCUAAACGGAGGGUCCGUGAGCUCUACCGGGCCUGGUACCGAGAAGUCCCGAACACAGUGGCAAUGUUCCAGCUGGAUAUCACAGUGCAACAAGGGCGAGACAAAGUGAGGGAGAUGUUCAACAAAAACAAGCAUGUCACUGACCCCCGUCUCAUCGACAUGUUGGUCAUCAAGGGGAAAAUGGAGCUCCAGGAGACAAUCCAAGUGUGGAAACAGAAGACGCACGUUAUGCGCUAUUUCCAUGAGUCUGAGGAACCACGCGCUGCUGAUUUCCUGUCUAAAUUCUACCGAGGUCAUGAACCCUGAACCCCCGCCUACCUCAGAUGUUCCCUUUGACUGUAAAUACACAUGUAACAUUCACACACUGAUGUUUGCGUCUGUUAUUAACAAUCAAACUGGCUUUAUUGGGGUUAGCUGUUUUUUUCUAAAUCUAAAUGGAGUCAGAAAUGAAUUGGGGAAGAUAGUAUUGCAAUUGAAGUUAAUCUGGUCACACUGGUGGUUACGGCGCACUGCGAUAUAUGACUCCAAAACUUUGUUUCAACCUAAGCGGUUUGGUACGUGAAUAUGACACUCGCUGGAGAACUAACGAUGUGUGCUCAGCGGAAGAAUACGCAAUAAAGCGUAACUACACUAAAGAAGGAUGUCGUCGUUCUCCCUCGCCUCCCAUCCAUCAUGUCUCCCAAGUGCACAGCACACUUCCCCCGAUGGCAGUGCAGCAAAGAAAAGGAAAGACACUCAACACUGUCCGCAUUCCAGGUCCAAGUCGCUCAACCGCCGUGACCAUCCUUGAUGGUAUCUGCUUAUAUGAAAUUGACAGUGACAUCUUGCAUUUUUUUUAAUGACAAUUUCAUUUAUUUUUUUACUGUAUUUUAUGUCCGUCAUGUGAUCUGUGUACAGUGUGAGUGACUUAGGUGUUUAUUCCACUUACAAAGUGUGGUAGCACCUCCUGUGUAUGGAUUGCUUGCGGUUUCUUUUUUUUUUUUUUUUUUUUAGACCAUGUUAUCAAAAGCUUUAGUA